GACAAAGCGGUAAACACUACAAAAGUCCUAUCCACUUUUUCAUCUGCCUUCCUCUGCCUUCCUCUACCCUCCCUCAUCUGCUGUCAUCUUGAUCGUAUUGGUUCGGCCAUUGAUUGCCAUGGCACCUCAUCGGCUGGCCUGUAUGUACAAACUCCGGGAUCGAAUCAACCAACUAGAUUCAAUCCCAACCACGUACCGCAACCUAUUGGAGCAUCGUCUAGUCAUUGCGUGCAGUGAAUUCAAGCGCCAGGACAGAGGCGAAGAGGUUCGAUCGACAAGAGAAAUCAGGACACGCCAUGCCGAAAAGAGAGCGCACAAACUCUACCUCGAUGUGUUGGAUGAGGAUCCUCAGAUCUUCAUACCUUUCCUGCUGAUCGUCAACACGAAUACGGCUUGCGUCAAAUACAACCUGGAACUCUUUCGUCAACACCAUGAGCAGAGAGCCAAGAUUCGCCUCGGUGACGCGGACAAGGUCAUCCUUGAGGACAUCGCCAGGCGGCAUAGGAUCAGGGGCAGCAUAGCCUUCCAGAAGCUGAUCCAAGCCCUCUUCCCUGCAAUACCGAGAACGGCGAUGGCCGUAGAAAGCCCUACCACCACAGCCGACGGCCCCAAACCAUGGCGCUUUAACGGGGCGCCUUUGGAAGUCGUCCGCAGCCAGUUUGCCGUCGGUGUUUUCGAGGCUAUUUGCAAAGCUCCAGCUAGAUGUGGGAAUGACCAGUUUUCGAUUCGGACGACGACCGGAUUAGUACGGAUGGACUUUCCUUCCGUAGAUAAGGAGGAUUGCAUCCUGUGGCUGGAUAUCGGGGACGUCGACCUUUUCGAGAAGGUCUUGUUCCCCGCGGGUUGCCGGAUACAAGAGUCGGGCUAUAAUAGCAGCGACGGCCCUUGCAGCCUCCAAAGGGCGUGUUGCGCGGCUGCCGCCUUGAUAUUCGGCUCGCAGCUCUAUGAAGCAAUCGACACGAGCCGGCUACGGACGUGGGAGAGAGACACGGCCGGGCUGGCCGACACAACGGACUGCAUUAUGAUAGAAGUACAUGCGACCCACGAGCCACGCUACGGUACCCUGCGUCUCCGUCUCGAAUUCCUACGAGGGCUCCGGAUCGCGCAGCGACUCUUCGCAAUCCCAAACGCGAGCGACAUUCAAGCUAACAACGACGACAACGGCAUUGCAGCAGCACACUUCCACUUCCCCCGGAUCAGGUAGACUCCCACGUUCGCGGGGACGAUCAUCUCCCCAUCGCCUUUGGUUGUCCAGAUGGCCUUGCCGCUGGGAUUCUGGAAGGCGAGGCUCUCGCACCCCAGGAAGCAGAUCUUCCUCUCGUACCCGACGGACGGUAUGAAGUCGAUCGGCUGCCAGUCGACAUUAUUGAAGAAAUCCUUGUCUUGGGUCAGACUCGUCCAGCGCUGCCGCUGCACACCUCAUCGGAGUCAGACCUCUGAGAGUUUUUAGUUGGGGGGGAGGACGAGAGUCUGCGUACCAAGGUCUCUGCCGACACUGCCGGGUCCUCCGCCGCGUCAGCUUCUGUCAUGAGAGUGGGUAAACAGUCCUUUGGUAUAUGACUGAGGUCGUUUGAUGAGUCUGUGGUCCGUCUGUGCUCGUUGUAGUUCAACGGCAGA